CAGCAUUUCCCUGUAUUCUGUUCGUCAGUUACUGUCACGGACUACCAACGCAAGAUGGCAGCUGUAGCUGGUCGGUGGCUAUUCCUUCGUUCAGCGCCAAGAAAUUCACGGCCAGCUGGCUUGAGGCGUAGCUUUCUAACAGAGGAUUUUAAUGCUGUGACUAACGGCCUCAUACCUCGCCGAACAGCAGUCGCCACCCGAACCGGUGCUUUAUUACCAAAACCAGAAAAGGUACCAUUUGGACUUGUCCGGGUAUUUGCAGUGGUGGUACCUUUCUUGUAUCUUGGAUGCCAGAUUAGUAAGAAUUUUGCUGCCCUUUUAGAAGAACAUGACAUAUUUGUGCCUGAAGAUGAUGAUGAUGACGAUUAAUAAGUAAGAAAAUAUUA